AUGCCGUCCCCGUCUGCAGAGAACGUGCCAGGGAUCGGCCACAACCUCACGGCACUGACCGGCCAGUUCACAAAAUCACAGGACACGGCCAUCCGCUUGCAAAGGGGCCAGGCGGACGGGAAGGAGCCGGCCCAGGGCGAGCAGCAGGACAGGGGACCCCCCGAGGUGACGCUGGGCGUCGGCCGUCUUGUGGGGAGGGCGCUGCAGCAGCCUCAGAGAACCGGGCACGGAGAGCCUCACGCACCAGACUCUCUGCCGGGGAGGCCAGGGUCUGUCCAGGGCGAGCGCUGGAGGCCAGGACCCGCCCAUCUGACCAGAAGCCCCGGUGCCAACGACGCCAUUGGGCACCGUUUCUUCUCCCUCUCGGGGCUUCUCCAAGGUUGGAACCUGGCGCUGGCUCCUUCCCCUCCCUCCGCUGCUGACCAGCACGUCCACCGGAGUCUUUCCUUCACGCUGACGGAGGAGGAGGCGUUUGUGAGCAGCAGGGACAGGCUGGGGCGGGAGCUGGUGCUGGUGGCGAGGACGCACACCCAGCACAUGCCAGGGGCGGGGACGGCCAGCCCCCUUGCCAGUGUGUGUGUUUUUGGGACAGAGAACCGGGAGGACAUCCUGAACGCCAGCGACCGGCUGACCGAGGUCCUGGAGGAGGCCAACACCCUGUUCAAUGGAGUGUCCCGAGCCAGGGAGGCCGUCCUGGACGCCCACUUUCUUGUUUUGGCCUCAGAUCUGGGCAAAGAGAAGGCCAAGCAGCUGCGGUCCGAUCUCAACUCCUUCGAUAUGUUAAGAUACGUGGAGACUCUCCUGACACACAUGGGCGUGAACCCGCUGGAAGCCGAGGAGCUGGUCCGUGAGGACGACAGCCCGGACUUUGAGUUCAUCGUCUACGACUCCUGGAGAAUAUCAGGCAAAACGGCAGAAAACACCUUUAAUAAAACCCAUACAUUCCACUUCCUGUUGGGCUCCAUCCAGGGCGAGUGCCCUGUGCCGAAGCCGCGUGCUGAGCGCCCCAGGAGGAUCUGUGCGCUGGAGAAGGAGCGGGAGAUGCCUGUCCAGCUAAAAAGAAUGGAAGAAUCUCAGCAAGAAGCCACAGAAAAAGAAGUAGAACGGAUCUUAGGGUUGUUGCAGACAUACUUCCGAGAAGAUCCCGACACGCCUAUGUCCUUCUUUGACUUUGUGGUCGACCCACAUUCUUUCCCUCGAACGGUGGAAAACAUCUUUCAUGUCUCCUUCAUCGUAAGGGAUGGUUUUGCAAGAAUAAAACUUGACCAAGACCGACUGCCAAUAAUAGAGCCUGUUAAUAUUAAUGAGGAAAGUGAGGGCAUUGACCAAAACACCCAAAUCAGGAAUCAAGGGAUUAUAGCUUUGAGUUACCGCGACUGGGAGGAGAUUGUGCGGACCUUUGAGAUCUCGGAGCCCGUGAUCGUCUCCGGCCCGAGCCGGCAGAGCCUGAGCGCCGACGGCAGCUGAAGGACUCAAAUGGAUAGUGAAAUCCAGAAAGGAAAGCAGCAUGUGUUGUAUAUAUUGUAUGAUUGAACAUUUUUAAAGGCAGAUUGUUUUUAGUAAACUGUAGCUUUUGAUAGUGUAUCGAUUUGUCAUGGUUGUCUUUGAUUAAAGGAUAUUCACUGCCCUGUUCACAA